GCAAAAAACUCCCAAAGGCUGGUGACGAAUAUCACACGUCGGCUUUGCCGCUCUCUUCACGUCGCGAGGUGAUUGAUUGUGUGACCUCGGGUUCGGAGUAAGAUACGGUGAACCCUCAAAAAGUUGAAUGUAUUAGCUGAUAUGUCCGCGCCUAAAGCAGCAACAGGAACAGAAGUGAACUCCUCUUAGAUUUUCUUUGUGCCCCGUUUCUAAAAACCCUAGAGACUAUCUCAGCAUUUGCAGAUCGCAACGCAUUUUGAAGGUUGCCUGCAGUAUCUAGAUUGGGAAAUCACAUGACAUAUGCUCGCUCCUUUACUCUUUCUAAGACUUUGAAUUUUGGAGCUAUAUUCCCUUGGCGAUCAUUGAGCCUUUACUUGAAUCAUCUACCAAAAUUUUCUGUUAGGACAACACGGAUGGAAAGCAAUAACAAGAUCAAUUGCAAACUAAGUGUUGGUAAUAAUGAUUCAAGAGGUGCUUUGAUAGUUCUAGAAGGUUUGGAUCGAUGUGGGAAGACUUCACAGUCUAGUAGAUUGCUCUCAUACUUGGAGGGUCUGGGUCACACAGCUGAGUUAUGGCGAUUUCCUGAUAGAACUACUAGUGUAGGGCAAAUGAUAUCUGCUUAUCUAUCAAAUCAGUCACAGUUGGAUGAUCACACAAUCCAUCUGCUCUUCAGUGCUAAUCGUUGGGAGAAGAGAUCAAUGAUGGAAACUAAACUGAAAGCUGGAACCACUCUAAUUGUUGACCGUUAUUCUUAUUCUGGGGUGGCUUUCUCCUCUGCCAAAGGACUCGACAUUGAAUGGUGUAAGGUGCCUGAAAUCGGUUUGCUGGCUCCAGAUGUGGUUCUUUUCCUUGAUAUACCCCCAGAGAAAGCUGCUGAAAGAGGAGGGUAUGGAGGUGAGAGGUAUGAGCACCUGGAGUUUCAAAAGAAAGUUGCCCAGUGCUAUCAGAUCCUCCGUGAUUCCUCCUGGAAGAUUGUAGAUGGGUGCCGAGGCAUAGAUGAAGUUGAGAAAGAGCUAUGUGAUAUUGUAGUGGAUCAUGUCUUAAAUUGCAAAAAGGGGAAACCCCUUUCCCUCCUCUGGUCUGGUUAGUAAACUCAUUGUAGCUCAUGUUCAUGAAGAGAAUGUGAAAUAGGUAUUUCAUAAACUUUUGUUUUGUUUUGGGAUGAAAUAGACGUGAAUUAUGUAUCUUUGCAAACUUGCUUGAGUGUUUUUCUCUCUGCAGAAUCAUUGAUGUAUCAACAAACAUGCUAUAGAGUUUCAUAUCUAUAUAAUUUAGUUAUAU